GUUGAUUAUGACACAGCUCCGCCCAUCUAGCGCCAUGCUCUUUUUCUAUUGGCUGAGUGGAAGGUCAGCUGCUGUCCAAGGUUGCACGUGCAUUUCGACGCAUGCCGAAAUCAAGAUGGCGUCCUCCAUGAUUCGUCGUUACCAGUUGUUUGGGAAACAUGGCUCGGCCUUUUGCUCCCGCCUGCUGUGGUCCUUAAAUUGGAGAGGUGAUGCCGACACGUUACACACGAGUCGAGCCACAGCACUGCAGGUGCGUUAUGUCUCGGGUCGAAAAGGUUUUUUGGGAGAGUUUGUGGAUAACCUUCGUCAGGAGUUUGGUAAGAAUCAGGAGAUGAAAGAGAACAUCAAGAAGUUCAGAGAGGAGGCCAAGAGGCUUGAGGAGUCCGAUGCCUUACAACAAGCACGCAGGAAAUAUAAAUCUAUAGAAGCAGAGACUGUGAAGACCUCAGAAAUCUUUAAAAAGACACUGGACUCAUUGUCGGAAACAAUGAAGGAGAGCAUUGAGGAAGUGAGUCGCACAGACAUCGGGAAAAAAAUCAAGGAAGGUGUGGAGGAAGCAGCACGUAACGCCAAACACUCUGCUGAGACGGUUUCCAAAGGAGGUCAACGACUAGGCAAGACCAGCGCCUUCCAGGCUAUCUCACAGAGUGUAGAGUCCAUGAAGAAGGAGAUCCAUGUUGGCGAUGCUGGACCUUACCGAGCUCCCCCUCAGCUGAGGAAGAGGAGUGAUUUUUCCUCGAAGGGAGCAGAUGGUGACAACAGAGUAUUUGAAGCCAAUGAGGAGGCUUUGGGUGUUGUUCUUCACAAGGACUCAAAGUGGUACCAGCAAUGGAAGGACUUCAAAGAUAAUAACAUGGUUUUCAACAGAUUCUUUGAGAUGAAGAUGAAAUAUGAUGAAAGUGACAAUGUCCUCGUCAGAGCAUCCAGAGCUGUGACCGACAGAGUCACCAGCGUCCUCAGCGGUCUUUUCUCCAAGACGGAGAUGUCUGAGGUGCUGACUGAGAUUGUGAAGGCGGACCCCAAAUUCGACAAGGACUCUUUUCUCAAACAGUGUGAGAAAGACAUCAUCCCAAACAUACUGGAGGCUAUGAUUCGUGGGGAGCUGGAUGUACUGAAAAGCUGGUGCUAUGAAGCGACUUACAGUCAGCUGGCCCACCCCAUCCAACAAGCUCGAGCUUUGGGAUUGCUGUUCCAGUCCAAAAUCCUUGAUAUUGAUAAUAUUGAUUUGGCCAUGGGAAAGAUGAUGGAGCAGGGCCCAGUGCUCAUCAUCACGUUCCAAGCCCAAGUCAUCAUGGUGCUACGAAGUCCCAAAGGAGACAUCGUGGAAGGAGAUCCGGAAAAGGUAUUGAGGACGAUGUAUGUUUGGGCGCUGUGUCGCGACCAGGAGGAGCUGAACCCCAGCGCGGCGUGGAGACUCCUUGACAUCUCCGCCUCCAGCACUGAGCAGGUUCUCUAGGAGGAUAAGAAAAAGGGGGUGGGGGAUGUCGGGGAAAACACUGGAAACAGGAAAUGAAGAUGAGCCUGGAAUACCCGCAUGUGCUCAUGCUCACACUGAAAGGGGGACAAAUCUGGGUUCAGUUGUGUGGAUUGCACACUUUCUCUUUUGCCAUCACCAUUAAGAGGCUCAGUGUGCACCUUUACAAAGACGCACAACUUAAAGAACAUUAACUCCAUGGAUACUUAGUGAACUCUUACUUGUUUUCCAAGUUUGAUCUUAGCCUCUAGGAUACAUUUUUAAAAAGGAUGGCGGCAACUUGCAACGAGCAGGUACUCGACCCACGUGGUCUUAUUUCACGACACGGCCCAACCAGGCAGCCACAUGGUUUGUACAUGCUGUGGACUAAACUGCAUGCUUGAUCAGGUCCUUCCAGGACCUAAAAAGGAAACUUAAUGCUUCCCUGCUCAACUAUAUUGCUAAUUUACAUUAUUUAUUUAUUUGCAAAUAACUUGCAAAUUUCCUUAUUUGGGUACAAUCAAAGUUAAACUGUAAGCAACCGCACGUUGGGUUCAAAGGUAAUUAUUGUUAUUAAUUUUGUUAGUCCAUGUUAAGAUUGUGAGAUAUUUGACACUGUGAAGCAGUAUUCGUCCUCUUUUUGUGAUAUUAUUAUUGUGCGAGUCUGAAUGAUUGUGUGUCUUUAUGUGGCCUGUGAUUGGCUUGCCACCAGUUUAGGGUGUACCCCGCCUCUCAUCCAAAGUCAACUGUGAUAGGCUCCAGCACGCCCGUCACCCUUAUGAGGAUAAACUUGAUAGAUUAUGGAUUAUUAAUUGCUAAUUUUCCACUCUUAAAUGUUUCAGAUCAUCAAUGUAAUUAGUGUAUUACAUAACACAAAGACAACCCCAAGUAAAUACUCUGUGCAGUUUUUUUUUUUUAAAGAUGAUUUAGCAUGUUAUUUAUUAAUUUUAAAAAAAUCUAAAUCUCUGUGGCCCUAUGUGGAAAAAGUAAUGAGCUCUUUUGCCAACCUGUAAUACCAGAUUUGUUGAAUGGCAAAAAAUUACUUAAAUAGUAAAAAAAAAAAAAAAAA